AUGGAUCCGAACAACAAAUCACCCAUCGACGUGGGAUCUCUGAUUAUCAACUACACCAUGCACGACAACGCGCAACAGGUGAUUGCGGCAGUGGACCUGCUUGCCACUCCAGCCUUCUUCGCUGUGGAGGGCUAUGACAUCACGCAGGAGGACGAAGCUACGCAACAGGUGGUGAGCUGGAUCGAGCUGUCCGACGUUGGCAAGGCCGCCCUAUUAAAGUACGCGAAAGUGAAGCCCAGUGCUGCCGGUGAGAGCUUCGCAGAUGCUUACGAUCAGACGGUGAAGGCACGGGAAGCCCAGUAUUCAGCUGCCAAUGGCCUGGGCACUCCAGAAGCAAACGGCUAUCACACCCAAGCUGCCAAUACGCUGAGGGACAUCCUUCUCGGUGGUGCCGCAGCGUCGUCUUCGUCACAGGAUCCGGACGCGGCACAGGCCUCAGGGGCAGCGCAGCCGGCGAAGCCGGAAACCUUGAGAUUCGCAGCGGAGUUGGCUCUCAAUGUGUCGCAGUCCGUCAAGGAUUUCAAUGAGCAGUGCUACGAGUACUCAGGCACCUCCUCCAAUCCUCUUGAUUCGACUUGCAACAGCAUCAACGGAAUGAUCAAGAAGACCCAAAGCUUCUUGACCUUGAUGAACAACUAUGCUGGACCUGGCGGACCAGAGUUCAUUGAGAAACAAGCGGAUGACUUCAUCAAUGGAACUCUGCAGGACAUGGUCCUGCUUUCUGGUGAGCUCAUAGAUGAGGGUAUUGCCUCAUUCCAGUGCUCCGCUGGCAAUUCCGCAGCAUGCAAGUCUAUCCCAAACACCGACUACACCAUGCACCUAAGUGGGGCAACGACCUUCAUCACGGACACAGCGAAGGACCUGCAGAGCACCCUCCCUCAGGUGAUCAAGGCGUUGCAAACGGCGAAGAAAGAAGUGUCAAUGAUCAGCGGAGUCAUCGACUCCAUCUCGCAGAUGCUGGGUCUCAAAGCUCCACCGCUUAUGGAGAAGAUGGGCAAGCUCUACAAGACAGUGUGGAUUGCAUAUUUUGUGUUCUUCUUCUUGUUCAGUGGCACAAUGUUGUUUUAUGGUUUCUGGGCCAACGGCUGGUUUGGUGGGCCUCAGGCGGACGUUCCCGAAUCAGAGUACCAGCCUCCCCAGACUUUUAUGGAAAGAAUGCGGACGUGCUGUGGCAGCUGCCUG